UCAGCAGAAACAGGAACUGUAUUCUGAAGCGAAACAUCUUGACCGUUCUUCAACCAGGAUGAGCAAGACGAGGAGCCAGGGGAAGCGGGGAGGAGGCCUCAGCAGGAUGCUGAGGGAGCACAAGGCGAGGCUCUACAUCAUCCGGCGGUGCGUCGUCAUGCUGCUCUGCCACCACGACUAGAUCAGGAUCAGUGAUCGGCGUAUUCAGUUCAAGCCCAAGACUCCCAGUUUUGCCCUGGCUUUCAGGCUUCAGAGUUAGGUCUUGACGAUUCGUUCAUGUGUAGUAGUACUUGGUAGAUUUUUUUAGGGGAUCCUUGCUAGAUUUUUGACUUCUUUUUGGCGAGAAAGCUUGACAUUCUUGCUGUGCGCUUGGUAGAUCAGAAAUGCAAUAUCUGAACUUGAUCGGUUGAUGUUA